AACCGGGCCCCAGAGCGACGAGCGACCCCCCACCCACCGGGACCCCCACCGGGACCCGCGCCCGGACGGCGGCCAACAAGGUCUUUGGACCCCGAAGCCACCGACCCCCACUUGGACUCCCUGCCCACCUCGGAACUGUACGAGCCUGCCCCCCUCCGUCCUUGCCACCUCCUCCUCCCCUGCCCACGAGGUCCCCCGGGGGGGCCCGGACAUCUUGGGGCCCUGCCGGGUGGUGGUGAUUCCGCCCUCGGGGGCAGAGGAGGGAAGCUGGAACCGGCUGAGAACAUGAGUGACUUCUGGCACAAGCUGGGCUGCUGCGUGGUGGAGAAGCCCCAGCCAAAAAAGAAGCGGAGACGGAUCGACCGGACGAUGAUCGGCGAGCCCAUGAACUUCGUCCACCUGACUCACAUCGGCUCGGGGGACAUGGGGGCCGGGGACGGGCUCUCCAUGACUGGCGUGGUGCAGGAGCAGAUGCGAUCCAAGGGGAAUCGUGAUCGGCCGUGGAGCAGCUCCCGGGGCUUGUAGCCUGCCGGCUCGGUCUGCCCAGAGAGGACGACACAACCCCCCUGCCCACCCAGUCAUCUCCCUUCUGCCAACUCUGCCCCUGGGAGCUCCCCCUCCGCCGCCUCUCCCCGGGAUCCCAUGCCUGGAGGGGUCCCCGCUGGUCUGUGCUGGAUGCCCCGAGAGCGCCCCUGCCCUGGCCUGUGCCCCCGCCCUGGCCCGUGCCCCCUUGUCCCAGCGGCGGGUAGUGGGGCUCUCGGUUGCCCACCGACCUGACCCCAGGAGCCUGUGGGCAGCAGGCGUGGGCCUGCCGAUCCUGCCUCCUGAAUGACAGCCUGGGCACUCGGACGGACCCUCGCUCCCCUCGGUGCCCUCCUGGAUGCCCCCCCCCAAGGGGGACGGGGGGGGCUGUAUCAGUGUUGGAGCCCCUUCCUCCUGUUGGGAUUUCACCAGCAGGACCCUGCCCUCCUUCCGCCCCCCGGGCCCGGGCUCCUUGGAGCGGGACAUUGAGGACUUCCGAGUAGUGUCCUAAUGGUUGGGGGGGUGCCAUCCUGCCCCGGCCCAGGCUAGACGGGCACCAGGCAGGGAGUCCUGGGGCAGGAUGGGGAGGGUAUGGAGAGAGUGGGUGGGGUGGUGAGGGCGGACAUCUUCGCUCCCCGCCUCCCCGCCCCCCCCCACCAGCUCUUAUUCCCUCUGCUUUCCUGCCUCUUGCUCUUUGAGAUCACUGUUUGCCCUUAGAAGGCCCCCUGGGAUCCCCCUCCUCCUGACACCGUUGCCCUGUCCGUUCCUACCCCGGCCUCCUGAGGGGGAGGGGAGGGAAACGUUUGGCCCCCAGCCUUAGAUUUUUGUAGCAUUAACCGCCCCCACCCUCUGGAUCCACCCCGGGUUUAAAAGUUCACGUAAAACGAGGUCUCCCCCCAAGCCCCCUCCUCCAUCCUGCCACCCAGCCCCUCUGAGCUGCAGAAGGCCGCUGGCGGACUUCUUCUUGGGGCGGGAGAGCAGGUGGGAAGUGUCCCCUGAGCACCGACCCCAGAAGGGGUUGGAACUGCAGCGGGAGGGAGUGAGGGGAGACUUGAACGGGGGGCUGCUUGUAGACCUCGGGCGGUAGCGAGGAGGAAAGAGAAGGUGGGCUGGGAGCGUGGAGGAUGCCUGGGUCGGCCUGGAGAGUCGGGCCAGCGACCCCGCUCUCGUUAAAACGUGUGUGUGCAAGUGGCCUGUGGUCACCAGAGUCCUGGGAAGCCGGGGUCCAGCAGCCCCUGCCCCUAACCCCCGGCACUGUAUGCGACCCUAGAGAUGAUCACCCUGUUGGGGUACCUCGGGGGAAUCUCUCUGGGAGUCAGGCCCUGGGGGGCUGGGAGCAUGGAGGAUGCCCAGGUCGGCCUGGAGAGUCGGGCCAGCGACCCUGCACUCGUUAAAACGUAUGUGUGCACGUGGCCUGUGGUCACCAGAGUCCUGGGAAGCCGGUGUCCAGCAGCCCCUGCCCCUAACCCCCGGCACUGUAUGCGACCCUAGAGAUGAUCACCCUGUUGGGGUGCCUCGGGGGAUCUCUCUGGGAGUCAGGCCCUGGGUGGUGUCUGUGUCUGGGGCUGUGUGUGUAUGUGUGUGUCACUGGGGGUGCGCAUGCCUGCCUGUGGGAUCUCUUCAUGUGUGUUUGUGUCCCCGAGGCGGUCUGGGUGGUCCCUCGCUCCCGCUGUCCCGGGAGACCUGAAGCAGGGUGGGGAAGGGUCCCCCCCAACCCACUCAGGCCCCGGACGGUCUGAGGCUUUUCUACUGAUCCGUGCCCACCCCCGUCCCCAACUCCAGGCCGUCCCCCCACCUCCCGGCUCACUGGGCCAGGGCAGGGAGCAACUAGGUCUACACUGGUGCCCGGGCAACAGCACACUCCUUUUAAACGGUGGCACAUCCCACCUGCCCCUGGCAGCUCUGGUUUCAACCGGCCGGACCCCGGGGUGGGUGGGCAGGCCCCAGCCCCACCCAGUAGGGGCAAAUAACACAGAGCAGCCUCCCAAAGGGUUCUGGGCUCAGCCCGGGGGCCUAGACACUGCCAGAAGACCCUAAUUUUGGUGUCACUUUCUUGUUCUGUCCUUCAGGCAACGGUUGAGGAAUUAACUUGAUGCUUAAGGGGGUGGGGAAGGGCGGAGGUGGGAGCGGAUGUCCCUGCCACCAGGGAUUCGUAAAGCUCAGAGGGGCAAGAGUUUGGAUGGUAAUUUAUGGGACGACUCCAACCUUGCAGAUAACCUGCCAGCCCGCGCUAGCCUAAAAUGCCAUUGAUUGAUUCGAGGAAGAGCUUUAAUAUUCUGUCUCACCCCGCGGCGGUGGCGGGGGGGUGGUUGCUGGCUGGGAUCUGUUUGCAGGGCUGUGUGAGCCACGCUGCUGAUGGGGGGUGGGGGUGGGGGGGGUGCCCACUGUGUUUUGCCAAUUGAGAGACGUGCUGGGCCUCUCGCCUAAUGUACUUGUGCCACCAGCCUCUUCUCCUGGCUCACGGAUAUUUGCUUUGUGCAGGCCCCCGCCCCGGCCCCCAUCCCAGCGCGGGGAGGGUGAGGGGGUGGUUGGGAUUGGGUAGGGUUUGAGAGUCUUAAUUUAUCAGAGCCGUCAAACCUUAAGCACAUUUUUCAAAUAAAAGAUCCUUCAGGAAAUCUG